CAUGCCAAAAGAACAAUCAAUGUGGUUGGUGUUCAUGCCGCCGGGGAAGUUGGCGAUGUUAUUGUCGGCGGCGUUUUGGAUGUCCCGGGAAAAACCAUGUUUGACAAAAUGAUGUACUUCUGGAAGAACGCAGACGAUAUCCGACAGAUAAUGUUGAAUGAGCCGCGCGGUCGUCCCUCCAAAAAUGCGAACCUCAUCCUUCCUCCCUGUGACCCUCGGGCCGAUGCAGGCUUUAUCAUUAUGGAAAGCGAGGAGUAUCCUCCGAUGUCCGGUUCGAACACAAUUUGCACAACUACCGUUUUGCUGGAAACAGGCAUGGUCAAAAUGCAAGAACCAAUCACAACACUCAACUUAGAUACCGCAGCUGGCCUUGUCACCGUCAGUGCUGAAUGCGAAUCCGGGAAAUGCAAGACAGUCGCUUUUGACAACGUUCCUGCAUUUGUGUUCCAUCUUGAUUUAGAAGUUGACGUCCCUGGGAUUGGCAAGGUUCUGUGUGAUAUCGUCUGGGGUGGAAUGAUGUAUGCAAUUCUUGACAUCAGUCAAGUUGGUCUGACCAUCGAUUCAAGCGACGGAGAGCGAAUUGUCGAAUAUGGCGAACGAGUUAAACGUGCCGUACAACGAACGGUCCACCCUAUUCAUCCAGAAAAUCCGGGAAUCAACGGCGUGACCAAUUUGGUUUUUACAGAGCCACUACAGAGUGAAACCUCCGGAAAGUCUGCACGCAAUGCUACUGUCGUGUCGCCCGGACGCCUUGAUCGAAGUCCCUGUGGAACUGGUACAUGCGCUCGGAUGGCUCAGCUAUAUGCCCGAGAUGAGCUUCUAGUCGGCGAGUCUUUCCGUCAUAUCAGCCCUAUUGAUAUUGAAUUCAUGGGCACAAUUCGGGGAACAACCAAGGUCGGAGAGUAUAACGCGAUUCUCCCUACUGUUAAAGGAAGUGCCUGGAUUACGAGUUAUCAACAAGUCGUUCUAGAUCCUAGCGACCCAUUCCCCGAGGGAUUUCGAAUCCAACAGCAAGGCUUCACUCUCGACGAGGCGAUGACGGAAUGCCUCCUUACGCGGUCGCAGGACCUCCUUCGCAGUGAGCCGAUUGAAGUCAUGCUGGGAGCUGCCCUGCAUGCAUUUGUCCGUGUAUUUCCAGACCGCGGUCUCCCAGCCAUGUUCAACGAGAGCCAUGGUCGUGAUGCUCUAGGGGACCGAUGCGACAUAUCACAAACGGUGGGCUGGUUCACCACAAUGGCGCCUGUGGCUUCCAGUGUUGGUAAUAGUGUCCUGGACACCGUUCGUCGGGUCAAGGACGCCCGCCACCAGCUGCUGCGAGGAGGUUGGCCUUACUUCGCCAGCCGGUAUCUGACGCCCGAAGGCCAAGCAAGCUUCGGUGGCCAUUUCCCAAUGGAAAUCAUUCUUAACUACCUUGGUCGAUACCACAUCUUUGAACAGGGUGACGCCUUGUUCGCUCGUCUCCCGGCUCCCGACCUCCCCUGUCUCUAUCCAGACUUGAAGCGAUUCUCUCUGUUCGAAAUUCUGGUCACCGUAGAUAUUGGGCAGUUAGAGGUCAAGUUCUUGUACCCUCGGGAUAUCAAGCACCAAUCAAGGAUCGAGGAAUGGAUCCAACAGUAUCGGAUCCUGCUCGAAGAGGCCUUCACCGGCACAGAACCGUUGCUGUCUCUAAACGACUUCCCACUUCUCAGUAUGGGUUAUAAAGACCUGGACCGCCUGGCUAAAGAAAUUCUCCCCACGAUCCGGGGCCCCGCAACUCUGACAAAUCUUGAGGAGCUAUAUCCUUGUACCCCCAUCCAAUCCGGCCUUUUGGUCUCACAAGCCCGCAAUCCUGCUUACUAUGAAUACGCCACCAUCGCAGAAGUUUAUCCUCCAGCUGCGGGCCAACUCGUGGACGCAAAAAGACUUGCCCGGGCCUGGCAAGAGCUUGUUAGGAGACAUUCGAUUCUGCGCACGGUCUUCGUUGAGAGUAUCUCCCCGGACAGGCUAUAUGAUCAGGCAGUCCUACGUGAUUGGAAUGGAGAAGUCAUGUAUCCCCAGGUUGACUCUCGUGAUCCAACGGCUAUUCUCGAGGAUCUGCCGGGCAUUGAAUUCGCCCCUGGUCACUCUCUACACCGACUUGCUAUAUGUGUUGCAGAGAAUGGAGCGGUGUUCGUUCGGCUUGACAUGAACCAUGCCAUCAGUGAUGGGGCGUCGACAAGUAUUCUAUUUCGUGACCUUGCCCUAGCCUACCAUGGUAAACUCGUCGGCUCACCGUUAUCUCAGUACCGCGACUUCGUUUCCUUUCUCCUUCAGGAUGACAAGCAAAAGCACCUUGCCUAUUGGGUCGAUCGCUUGUCUGGGGCCGAACCCUGUCUUCUCCCUCUCUCUGUCCACUCUGAGGGCCCAUCGAAUGAAAUCGAAUUCACACGAGUUUCUCUACCACAGCCAGUUUCUCAACUACGAACCUUCUGUAUCCGCAACGGGGUUACACUGUCCACUCUCUUGCAAGCUGCUUGGGCCAUGGUUUUGCGCAUAUACUGCGACAGUGAUCGUGUCUGCUUCGGUUACCUUGUGUCGGGAAGAGAUGUCCCUAUUGAUGGUGUUGAGAAUGUGAUAGGACAUUUCCUCAAUAUUCUCGUCUGUCAGCUUGCAUUCGACUUGCAUUCUUCUCCUGAUACCACAAUGCACUCGAUUCAAAAUCAGUUUGUUGAAGGUUUACCGCAUCAAUUUUGCCCACUGGCAGACAUACUUCACAAGCUGAAUCUUGGUGACCAGCGGCUUUUCAACACGGCAUUUUCAUUCCAGCGAUCUUCUACGUCGAGUCGCACUGAUCGGGACCCUCUCAUAACUUUCCGUCGCCAGAGAGCUCGUGAUCCUACGGAAGUAAGUCAUGCUCACAUUCCCAUGAUGGUCUUCUCUAAUGCUAUAUAA